AUGAGUCUGUAUGAUGUGCUUAAAAUCCCAAAGGAUGCAACAAAGGAAAGCAUCGAGAAAUCUUACAGAUUUCUUGUAAGGUCAUACUGUCAAAGCAAAAACGAAAUGAGUCCUGACAGGUUUGCAGAGAUCAACAAGGCAUACACAAUAUUGAAAGACAGAUACAAGAGAGAUUUUUAUGAUAUAUUUGGAGAGGUUUCUGUGCAACUUCUUCUGCACAACAAGGACUCGUACAUUAUAACAAGGAUGUUUGACAGACCCAACAUGUGCUUCUAUAUUAGUACGCUUAUAACAUAUAUAGGGGCUUUGUUGGCAUUACCACCGGUAGUUGCAUAUGGAAAAUGCAGCAACAUAGUCAUGUCCCUCCCAUUUGUUAUUUCGGCUGUAACCCUGACCAUCCCAAUGAUUAGAUCUCUGUCUGCACUGUAUUGGGUUUAUGGAGUUGGGAAUGAGCUAAAGAGCAUGAUAUUUAGGUCGACGGAAAUCAACGUGGCAACGCUUCAUCUUCUGAACUAUGCUCUGUAUGGCGAUGGGCUCAUAAGCAUCCUUUUCUCGGGGGUCAUGUUCUUAAUAGUUGAGAUCCUGUCUACAAUCAACACCAUGUAUUAUCACAGCUGCAAGCAGAAGCUUUUUCUUAAAUCAAAGGGAAGUAUACUGAUGGCUAAAGUGAUUAGGACAAUAUUAUUUGGCAUGCUUUUGGCACCGGGAAUUCCUCCAUUUUUGAAACCUUUUCUAUUUUUUGUUCAAAUUUUUUGGGGAAUAUAUAAUAAGAAGUAUUCUUUGAAGAUCAAUCUGUGCAUAGUGCUUCUGCCGUUGCUGUACAUAGCCACAUUCUCUCUUGUUUUGGCAGGAUUUCGUAGUGCUUUGGUGUAUUUGCCUCUAUGGAUAUUUGGGUCUAUAGUUGUGACUGUAUUGGCAUUAGUAAUUUCAAAUAUCGUAAAUAACAUUCCUACAAGCAAGUACGACAUAAGAGAAAUUGAAGCACUUCCUUACUACGAUUUGGUGUAA